ACAUCACGGUCUAGUUGUAACUUGUAGACGACCACUUCUCACUUCAUUUAGAACAUAGAUAAAAAUCUCUCUCUCCACUCCUGUAAUCGAAACUUAGAUUUUCAAUUACAAGCUUCUCCUUUUCCAGUAUUACAUCAGUCGGAACAGCUAAAUAUAAUUCAGUGUGCACAUAAUUGACAAAAGAAUUCCACAACUUAUCAGGAAUCUCUAUUCUGCAAUGGUGGAAGAGAAUAAAAGACGAAAAAUUUCAGACAUGGCCGAAGACCCCGAUAGUGAUGAAGAACCAGGAGAAGUGAUCGAAUCGGCUCCGCCUCUAAGAGUUGGAGAGGAGCGUGUUUUCAACUCCACUGGAUUAAAAAAGAAGCUCCUCCGCCGUGGUGUUGGUUUCGAAACCCCUGAAUGUGGCGAUGAACCCACCGUUCAUUAUGUGGGGACUUUGCUUGAUGGGACUACAUUUAUCUCCACUAGAGAUAAAGGGGAACCCUUCACCUUCAAGAUUGGACAAGACCAAGUCUGUUCUGGGUUCGAUCAGGCAGUUCUUACCAUGAAGAAAGGGGAAAUAGCAUUGUUUACUUUGCCUCCCCAGUUAGGAUUUGGAGCUGCAGGAACAGAUGGCGUCCCUCCAAAUUCUUUUAUUUACUUUGAGGUAGAGCUCAUCUCAUGGAUCACAGUAGUAGAUGUCUGCAAGGAUGGUGGCAUUCUUAAGAGAGUAGUGAAGAAAGGGGAACAGACAGGGCAACCUGGUGAUUUGGAUGAGGUUAAAGUGAGGUAUGUAGUGACGCUGCUUGAUGGUGUUACAGUUGCUGAAUCACCAAACGAGGGUGUUGAAUUUUACUUGAAAGAUGGUCAUUUUUGUAUGGCACUGCCAAAAGCAAUCAAAACCAUGACAAGAGAAGAAAAAGCGGAUCUGAUUGUUCAACCACAGUAUGCUUUUGGUGGAGGGGUUACCACACUACCCAAUGGAUGCUCUCCCAUUCCACCAGAUUCUGCGCUGCGUGUUGCUUUGGAAUUGCUAUCGUUCAAGCCUGUAGUCGAUGUAACCAAUGAUUUGAAGGUGGUGAAGAAAAUACUGAAAGAGGGCGAAGGAGCUCUCACAGCAAAUGAAGGUGCUUCUGUUAUUAUCAGGUAUAGAGCUAUGCUAGAAAAUGGAACUGUGUUUGAGAAAAAAGGUUAUGAUGGAGAGACUUCAUUAAGCUUCAUUACUGAUGAAGAACAAGUGAUUGCUGGCUUAGACCGAGCAGUGGCAACGAUGAAGAAGGGGGAGAAGGCAACAUUGACCAUCGGUCACGAAUAUGGAUAUGGAAGUAAAGAAGUGAUGUGUGAUCUGGCUGUAAUUCCUCCAUUUUCUACCCUAGUUUAUGAAGUUGAAGUGAUCGACUUUGAAAAGGAAAAAGCUCCAUGGGAGAUGGCUAAUCAUGAAAGAAUCGAGGAAGCUGGGAAGAAAAAGGAAGAAGGAAAUGUACUGUUCAAAAAUGGCAAAUAUCAAAGAGCGGCUAAAAAGUAUGACAAGGCAGUGGAUUAUGUUAGUGAAGAAGGGCUGCUUGGGGAUGAUGUUCAAAAGCUUGUCAAAUCAUUAAGGGUUUCAUGUUGGUUGAAUGGUGCAGCUUGUAGCCUCAAACUGAAUGAUUACCAGGAAGCAAUCAAGCUGUGUUCAAAGAUCUGUUUGCGUUUGGGUGCUGUUUCGUGCUGCUGUGAUUUGAGGCUGUUUCGCUUGAUUAUUUUGGUCGACAGCAAGCUUUCUGCUGCUGUUUGAGCUACAGCAAGUUUUGCUGCUGCUGUUUGCUUGCUGCCCGAGUCCAAGCUAAGGAUUCAAUUCGUUUUGCGGCUGUUUGCUUCGGUUUGCUGCAGUUUCCUUGGAUUGGAAGUUUUUUGUUCGUCGAUUUCUUUGGCACCCUUUGAUUGCAUCGUUCGCUUUUUGGUUUGCUAUUGUUCGACCUAAGUUCUACGUUCUCUCUUCUGGUUUGUGAUUUAUUGGAAGAUGACUGGAGAAGACAAAACAUCGGACAGUAACAGUAGUUUACGUGUACCCGAGAUGCUUCCGGUAAAUAUUGAGCUCACUGACAACAAACUUAAUGGCUCCAACUACUUUGAGUGGAGCAAAACUCUUCGUAUCUAUCUCCGGAGAAUGGGAAUGGCUUCUCAUCUCACAUCGGAUCCUCCUAAAGGUAACGGUUCUGAUUCAUGGUUCCAAACUGAUGCUCGUUUGUACUUGCAAAUGAUCAAUACUAUUAAGCCUUCUGUUUCGUCUCUGGUUAGUCACUGUGAAUAUGUGAAGGAACUAUGGAUUAUCUUUAUUUUUUGUAUUAUGGACAAAGUAACAUCUCUCGAAUCUAUAGUGUUUCUAAGUCCUUUCAUUGUGGAGAACAAUAGGACUGAUCACUCACUACUUAUGUCAUGGGGUUCAAGAAAGUGUAUGAGGAGCUUAACUCUCUUCUUCCAUUAAGUGCUAUGACAAAGCAAUGCAGACCCAGAGGGAAUAAGUGGCUGUUAUCAGUUUUUUGACCGGUUUGCGACCAAAAUUUGACUCGAUCAGAUCUCAGUUCUUGAAUGAAUAUGCUAUUCCUUCUCUUCAAGAAACAUUUGCCCGUUUUCUUAGGAAUGAGAAUCUUCAGCCUUCUCAAACUUUUGAUCACAACAAUGCUCCGGUUGGUCGAGGGGGAUUUCGUGGUGGCUAUCGAGGAGGAUUUCGUAGGGGUCACGUGGUGGCUUUAGAGGUGGCCACAGUGACCAAACAACCGACUCACAGGCUAUUAUUCCAUAUUCUGAUAAUGUUGAGUGUUACUACUACCAUGAGUUAGGUCACACCAAGCGCACAUGUAAGAAGCUCUUGGCCAGACAUCCGAGGAGUUCAUCAGCGCACGUUGCCUCUGCCUUGGCCUCUACCUCAGAUAGUACUGUUACUAUACCCGCAGAAGAAUACGCUCGACUUUUAGGGACUGAGAAUUCCACUGCUCCGACUACUGCAUUUGCUGGGACAGGUAACUCUAGUACGUGCCUAUUAUCUUCUGCCUCCAAAUGGGUCAUUGAUUCAGGUGCUUCAGAUCACAUGACGGGUAAUCCCACCAUCUUCUCUAAUGUCAAUAAAAACACAAAUUUCCAUCACAUGUCACAAUUGCUGACGGGUCUACCACACGUCCUUGGUUCUGGCACCGUCGAUCUUACCCCGUUUGUUUCGUUAUCUCUUGUAUUGAGCCUACCUAAUUUCUCAUUCAAUUCAUUAUCAGUCAAUGUGCUUUAAAUUGUUGUGUCUCUCUUUCCUAAUUUCUAUGUCUUUCAGGAUCUGUCGACGAAGAGGAUUAUUGGUAGAGGGCGGGAGACUGAUGGCCUAUACAUAUUUGAACAUCAAGUACCUUCCUCAUUGACUUGUUCCAGCUCAUCAUCUCCACUUGAAGUUCAUUGUCGAUUAGGUCAUCCAUCUUUACAGAAUCUGAAGAAGUUGUGUACUGAGUUUUCUUAUUUACCUUCUCUACAGUUUGAGUCUUGUCAGUUUGCCAAACAUCAACGUAUUCAUUUAAGUCCUAGAGUGUAUAAUAAGCGGGUCUCAUCCCCAUUUGAGUUGGUUCAUUCUGAUGUUUGGGGACCAUGCCCUGUUACUUCAAAACUUGGGUUUAAGUAUUUUGUUAUGUUUGUUGAUGAUUACUCCCGCACUACUUGGCUUUACUUUAUGAAAAAUCGAUAUGAGGUACACACAUUUUUGUUCACUCUAUGCUGAGAUUAAAACCCAGUUAAAAGUCUCCAUUCAAACUCUUCGUAGUGAUAAUGCAAAAUAAUAUUUGUCCCAAACAUUUCAGUCAUAUAUGAUUCAAAAUGGCAUUCAUCAUGAGUCUUCUUGUGUUGACACACCAACCCAAAAUGGGGUUGUGGAACAAAAGAAUCGUCAUCUCCUAGAGGUGGCUCAGGCUCUACUAUUUCUAGGAUGAUGAGGUUGCUACCGCUUGCUUUCUUAUCAACCGAAUGCCUUCCGUUGUCUUGGAUGGUAAAAGUUCUUUCUCAGUUUUGUUUCCUACAAAAGCAUUGUUUCCUAUCGAGCCAAAGAUCUUUGGUAGUUCUUGUUUUGUCUGCGAUACCCGACCUCACAUAACUAAGUUGGAUCCAAAGUCUCUGAAAUGUGUCUUUCUUGGUUACUCUUGACUUCAAAAAGGGUAUAAGUGUUUUUCCCCCAUGCUUAAUCGAUACAUUGUAUCACGAGACGUUACAUUCCAUGAGAAUAUACCUCUCUUUCCUAUGUCCACUUCUUGCAACCCAAGAGAUAGUGAUGAUUUGUUAGU